UCGUCGUUGUCGUGGUCUAGUAUAGGGCUACGGUGCCUUGCGUCUAUCACCAAGGAAAUGCCCGUUUGUCCCACGAUCUAGGUGCAGCCACAUCUCGUCAAAUCUCACACUUGGACCAGUUUACUACUCUCCUGCCACGCCUCAGUCCCCAACCUCCCGCCAUCACCCUCUCCUUUCUCAACCUUCCCACCUCACCAUUAUUUGCUCGGGCACUAGCGGGAUCGGAUGGAGAUGGACCUUCAAAAAACGAAGGAGGCCCGCCGGGAUGCGCCGGGCAAGCAGGAGGAAAGCGUCGACUGUCCGUUGGAAGCCUAUGGAGGAAGCGGCCAUACGAAGGAGUCCCCCAAGAACGAUUCGCUAGACCAUCGCGAUGCGAACGAGCGUCCUGAUCCCGCAGAUGCGCGCCAACAACGGCACCCGGGCAGUGCUACUUACCGGGAAGAUGCGUUGCAGUCUCCCCCGGCAACAGCGCUACUGGCGCCCGCCAGACCAUCAUCUUCAUCGUCCAAAACCCUUGACAUUCCGACAGCGUUUGGGCUCCGUCCCGAGGAGCAGAGGCUGCUGUUGACCGCCAAGCGCUAUCCCCCGGUAACGAAAAGCACGCUGAGCGAGCUGGAUCUCCCAUGCAUCAUGAGCAACAUCAAUCUCCGGAUGGAUGCGAACUUCGACCGGGACCUGCAUUUCAAGCCCGAUCUCGACGGGGAGAAAGGGAGGCGGAAGCGGAAAGAGGCGGCGGACUACUGGGAGGCCAUGGCCGUGGAGAUUUCGAUCUACGCGUUCUAUUCGUCGCCCGAAGCUGCCGGCCUGGCCGCGGAUGCGCGGACCGACCAGCGACAGGCCUUCGAGCCUCGACUCCCGGCCAUGUUCGACACCUUGCAGGAUGUGUUGAAGACGCUGGUGCCGGAACGCGAUCAUCCGGGGGUGGUGCAGAACCUCGAGGUGCCGCUACUCAUGCAGCAGAUCCAGAAGGGGGUGCUGGACAUGGUCCGGGUGGCCGCCUGGCUGGCAGGGCUGCUCAAGACGCAUUGCGCGCCGAUGCGGGAUGAAUGGGCGGAUCGGAUGGUGGAGCAGAUCCGGUCCGGGUCGCAGUCGCAGAAUCCGAUGGAGAUCGUCGGCGGCCUUCAGACGUUGUUCGCGAUCCUGGAGGCCAUGAAAUUGGACGUUGCGAACCACCAGAUCCGCGCCUUUCGGGUGCUGCUGAUUGAGGACACUGUUCCGUUUCUGCAGGAGUAUUUCCGGGGCAAGAUGGAGAGGGACCACUUCCGGGUCGACUCGUCGCGACUUUGGUAUCUGGAGACCCGGGAGCGCGAAUUGCGACAGAUGGAUAAGCCCGCGCAGACGGACGCAUUCUGGCCGAUUUCGGUGCUGUUUCAGGGAGUGUCCGACUUGUUACUCCAGUUUCAUACCCCCGACGCCUUUCCGGAGACCUUCGUGUUCGACUCGGACCGCCUGUGGCAGCUCCGGACCUGUCUUCAGAACCUGAUCAACCUGGACAUCUGCUGGUUCAUCUUCGAGUCCUACGUCCACACGCAGAAACGAUACCUGUCGGCCCCCGCACAGACGUACGCCACCUUCCGGUCACGCAUUGGCUCGUUGAUGGAGGAGAACGAGGACUGCCCGCGGGGCUCGGCGCAGUGGGUGCAGAACGUGCGGUGCAUCGGGCUGGAGAUCGCUCGGUUCGCGUGUGCCGCGUGCUGCAGCGAUGGCAGCACGGUCUCGGACGAGGUGAUCACGCAGAUCGAAAGCGCGCUGGAGUGGCACCUGUCGAACGAGUCGGGCCUGUUCCAGUACUUCCAGGCGGCGCUGCGCGAGAAGUUGCUGGCGGCGACGUUCGCGGCGGCGAAGAAGUACCUGAACAUGUCGCCGCUGGCGAUCUGCGAGUCGCAGCGCAACUUCCCGCACACGGCGCCCACCCUGCUGGGCCAUCCCCAGCACUAUGACGUCGAGCGCAUCUCGAUGCGGCUGGCGCAUAUGGGGGUGCUACACUGGCGGGUGUGGGCGCCGAUUCUGUAUGUGCGCGAGAGCGUGUCCCCGACUGACGUGGCGAUGAUCCCGUCGAACGAGGGUUAUGACGUGGCACUUCUCUCAAUCUGCCUGCGCACCCUACAAGCCACCCGUCUCCAGCGCAUCGCCCAGCGCACCGGCAUCAAAUCCACCGGCCCCAAGCCCGUGCUCACCCGCCGCCUGGAGACGGAACUGCCGCAAUGCGAGUACCAGCGCGCGCCCUCCGCCGGUGCGCCGGGCCCCGCGCCGGGCCUGGGAGGGGGAAUGAGCAUCCUCAGCAUCGACAUGGGCAUCCGCAACCUCGCCUUUGCGCAUUUGCUCGUCGCCCCGCCGUCGCCGCCGCCGCCGCCGUCAUCACCACCGCUCCACUCAUCCGGAGCCCUCAAGCUUCAAGAGGAUGAGGAUGACGGGAGUAGACCGCGCAUCACGCUGACCGCAUGGCGCCGGCUCUCUGUCUUCGCCUUCAACUCCGAACUGCAAUCGCAAUCGCAAUCGCACCCGGCGAUCGCCUUGCCCUUGACGCAGACGCAGACGCAGACUCAGACCCCUGCCAUUACCCCCAAGGAUGCCGUCGAGCAAGAGCAAGAGCAAGAGCAAGCCCACCCCAUCCCCCCAGAUUCAACCUCAGACCCAGCUCCAACCUCAGAUCCAGAUGAAGCAACAGGGCCAGAGGGGGGCUAUUCCCCCGCCGGCUACGCCGAGGCAGCGUACGCCCUGCUCACGACCCUGCUGGCCCGGUACCGGCCCACGCACGUGCUGAUCGAGCGCCAGCGGUUCCGGUCGAGCGGGGCGGCCGUCGUCCAGGAGUGGUCGAUCCGCGUGGGCGUGUUUGAGGGGAUGUUGUAUGCGGUUUUGGAGGCGUUGCGGCGGGAGAGGAGCUCGGGGUCGAUGUCGGUGCCGGUGCCACAGGUUUGUGGGGUGGAGCCGGGAAGAGUGAGUCGGUUUUGGUCGGGGAGGGUUUCGGAUGAACAGGGAGCGGGGGGCGGAGGGGAUGGUCCUGCAAAGGUGGAGGGGACCGGGGAAGCCACCGAGGAACGUAACAAAGGCAAAAAGAAGGUGCAGCAGACUCACACGCAAGCAGACGCUCAAGCAGACCCCAACGCUGAGGGAACUGCAGCGCGUACAGCCAGAAAGAAAAGGAAGAGCACGCGCGAGGUCAAGAAGAUGAAAAUGGAUCUAGUCGGGCACUGGCUGCAGAACGCCACCACCACCACCACCUUCUCUGCCCGUCCCAAAACUCUGGCCGUGGCGGACGACCAGGAAUUACGCCAGUGGGUGGAGGCAUAUCGCACCAGAUGGCAAUCCCGCAGAAAAGCCGGCGCCAACCUGCCGGAUAUCGGCAAGCUGGACGAUCUGGCGGAUUGUCUGGUGCAGGGGGUCACUUGGCUGGAGUGGCAGCAGAUGCGCCACCGUCUCAUGGCGGAUCCUUCCCUGCUGGAGAAGAUCUAGCGGGUUACAGUUCGGUAUACAUGGACAAUAAAUGUAUAGUAUGUCUAUAAUCUUUUAUAGCCCCGUGUUGCUCCAUACUUAUUCUACAGUGCUAUUACACACAUAAUCAGAAAAAAUCAAUUCG